ACGCAGGGAGAGGGAUGCUGGAGGAGGCUUUUUGUUAUUGUUGUUGUUUCGCUUCUCCUGGCUCCUCCUCAGUUCGGUUUCCGCUGCUCUCAAGCUCCAGGGUCGCGCUGUCUCCGGGAUGUGCCUGUGUUUAACAUGGAGAACAAGCGUGUGGAGGUUCCCGUGGGGGUCCUGGACGACCUAUGCAGCCGUUUUAUUUUACACAUUCCCAGUGAAGAGAGAGACAAUGCAAUCAGAGUAUGCUUUCAAAUUGAACUGGCCCAUUGGUUUUACUUGGACUUCUGCAUGCAGAAUUUUCCAGGCUUGCCUCAGUGUGGGAUAAGAGACUUUGCUAAAUCAGUAUUUCAGCAUUGCCCAUUUUUACUUCCGAAUGGUGAAGAUGUUCAGAGGGUCUUAGAUGAAUGGAAAGAGUACAAAAUGGGAGUGCCUACCUAUGGUGCCAUUAUUCUUAAUGAGACCCAUGAAAAUGUUCUGCUUGUCCAGGGUUAUUUAGCAAAAUCUGGCUGGGGCUUUCCUAAAGGGAAAGUGAAUAAAGAGGAGGCUCCACAUGACUGUGCUGCAAGAGAGGUGCUUGAAGAGACUGGCUUUGAUAUCAAAGAUCGCAUGUGCAAUACUGAUUAUAUCGAGCUGAAGAUCAAUGACCAGUUGGCUCGUUUAUAUAUCAUUCCUGGAGUCCCAAAAGACACAAAAUUUAAUCCUAAAACAAGGCGAGAAAUAAGAAACAUUGAAUGGUUUCCAAUUGAAAAACUACCUUGUCAUAAGAAUGACAUGACUCCGAAAUCAAAAUUAGGAUUAGCUCCCAACAAGUUCUUUAUGGUCAUACCAUUUAUAAGACCAUUAAGAGAUUGGCUUCAGAGAAGACUGGGUGACUCAUCUGACAGUGAUAAUGGAUUUGCUUCUGCUGGAAGCACACCAUCCAAACCUAAUGGGGAAAAAACAAAACCCAAAAUGCGUUGUAUGCCUCAGUUUUCUGAGCCUGCUCAUACAGAACAGGGGACAAAGGCCAAGGUACAACAAAAGCCAAACAGCAAUUUCAGUCCAGCAGAGAUGUCAGAACUUUUAACGAUUAAGAACCAGAAUCUUAAGAGUAAUGGUAAAAAGCAACAUCAGGACUCUCCAAACCAAAAGAAGAAAGCAAAUGGGGAGCACACUCCACAGGUCAAGCAGCAGAUUAGCAUUUUGGAUCAGGCAACUGUUUCCCAAAUUAGCAAGUUUGCCACCUGGUCUUCAGCUCACAGGUUCUCAAAUUUUUAUCAGGUGGAUGUUAAGGCCUCAUCUGAUGACGACUUCCAGGUUAAGGAUGUCGUUUUUCACUCUGAGUCACAGGGCUCAGUAUUUCUUGAAAUGCACAAGCUUUUAUAUGACACUAACAAAUACUGUGCAAUCGACAUGGUCUAUCCAUCUGAAGGACAACAGUAUGACCUUAAUGGAGAUGAAGCUGGUAAUGGGACAGCAACGUACCCCUUCUCUUCCAAAGCCUUUCUUGGCUUCAGAUUUGACAGGGAUGCCAUCAUGAAAUCCUUGGAUCUCUAAUGCACCAGCAGCUGCACAAAGUUCACAAGGGCUUCAUCUGUCACAGCUGAGAACGAGUUUUAUUCAAGCCUUACCUUCCUCAGGUGUUUUAUGGACAUGCAGGGAAUUCCUGGUGGUUUGGAAAAGCUCUGUCCUAUGGACAGGACUUACUGCUUUGGUUUUGUUCAUAAAUUGUAAUUGUGAGUGACUGGUGGAGGGGGGUAUUUUUCCUUCUUCUUGCACUGUUUUUUGGCAAAAGCAAUUUUUUUUACACACAAAAUCUUCAGUGUUUUAACUUUCCCGCCUUCUG